AUGUUAGUGGCUCUCUUGCCGUAUCGAUCUUCUGCUACUCGUUGCAUUCCUGUUUUCUUCUGCUUAGGUUACCUUAUGCCACGAGUUUUGCAACCUAUAGUGCUCACCGAUGAUGGGGCUGCUUUGGAGCAUAAUCCUUUGAAGCGACUCCUCGACGAUGCGCGCUCCGAUUUUGAGGGUAGAGUGUUGGCAAAACGUGCCAUCUUUGGUCGUUAUCUCGAGACUCGCGUCAAUUGGCUUCGCAUGCAGCUGACACGUGAGGCCGAGGCUACCGGCUCACUCGGCAUGAAUCAUCUAGACUUCCUGCGUGCCUUCAAAUCAGAUUCAGUUCCUGAGGCAAGUGUUCUCCUUUCUAUUUCUUGGUAUCGUGAAUAUCGAUUGGUGGAGGGCGAUGGAAGCGGUGAGAGGACCCGGCAGCUGCCGCGAGUACCUCCGUCGAGCGCUAUGAGGGUAAUUAAUACUGUCCGACGAGUGGCCGCGCGUUCCAGGAUUAAUCAGCAGGCUAACUCAACGCCAUAUCCCCCCUCGAUGACUGCAACAACCGUGACGGAAUCGACUAUGGCGACACGUGCUCGGAGCAAACAGGCACUGAACUUGACGAAGGCGACAGCGGUAGAGCGCAGCACGGCCACUGCGGGAACGCGACAAGGCCGUCUACGUCGUGCCGCUGCGACCGCCGGCGCAUCCGCCACACUCCAGCUCUCCUCGGCCUUCCUCUACCAAUCGCCUAUUCCCCAAAAAUCGCCUACUACUAGCGUUUUUGAUAGAGUCCAAGAGUUAGUCUUAUCGAUGAGCGGUUGA